ACAAGAUUAUCAGAGAAUAUCUACUAAGUAGACAACAGAGAGUGUGCAGCACUAACAGAUUGUUUACACCAGCAACUUGGAAUACUGCAUACCAUUUAGACAUUGCUGACAUGUUCACUGACCUCGACCUACUCAAAGAAGGUAAAAACCAAGUGAAGGAAGAUGCCAAGCCAACAACUUUGAAGGAGGUUUUAGAUAUUAUAAAAUCAACACCUGCAUGUAAAGUUCUAAUAGAAGGUGAGGGCGGUAUCGGCAAAUCAACCCUCCUCAGGUAUGUAGCAUACAAAUGGUCCACAGAGCAAUCAGAUGAAACCUUCAAAGGCAAAAUACUGUUUCUUGUCAACAUCAGAGAUAUUGAUGUAGGUGAAACUAUUUUGGAUGCUAUUUUAAAACAAAUAGACCUUAAGAAUUUUCAUCUUGAAACGAAUCUCCCUCAAAAUCGUAUAUUAAUAGAACGAUUUAUUUGGAAACACAAUGAUAUAAUAUUGUUAUUGGAUGGAUUGGAUGAAUUGAAAGGUGGUAGUGAGAGUCCAUUAUGCAUUUUCAAAAAUGAAAAAAUGUACAAGUGUAAAGUGAUACUUACAUCACGAUCUGAAAACCUCAAUGAGUUCAUUAAAUAUAGCAGCAUACAUGUGAAAGUAAAGGGAUUUGAUUGUGAUAAUAUAAACAAAUACAUUAAGAAACACUUUGCUUUCUUUAGAAACACUGAAUUAGGAGAAUUGCUGAUUGAGGCGUUGAGACUUGAUACAGGCCCCUUGUCUGGAAAACAUAGGGAAGUAUAUGGUAUGUGCAAGAAUCCAAUGUUGCUUCUGUUAGUAUGUAUCAUGUGGGAAGAAAAUAAACACCUUCCAGCUGACAAAGCUGUUCUCUUUAAAGAGAUUUUUAGAUGCAUCUUGAAUCAGUUCAUUGAUAAACAAGCAGCUAAAGAGCCAAAAAUCUCAAUAUUUAAGAAUACUCCAGAGAAGUUUGUAAAGGCGAUGCUCCUGUUAGGAAAGUGUUUCUAUGAAAGCUUAAAGAAAAACCAACUUUCAAUUAACAAAAGAGAUUUGGAAGGACCACAAGAAAUGGUUGCACUGGCUUUAAAACUGGGAUUUGUGUAUGAAGAUACACCAAAUCAGAAAUCAGAUUUUAAGGAGAUUUUUAUGACUCCUCACAAGUUGAUAGUAGAGUCAUUAGUAGGGUUUUACUUAUACAAACUAUGUCAGACAGAAAUGUUGGAGAAUGAGUGUUCAAAGGGCAGGGAAAUACUACUUAAGCCAUUGACCGAUAGUGAAUGGCAGACGAUAAGAAGUAGUGAAUAUUUUCACAUGGCAAGGGUGUUUACAAUUGAAUUCCUGGGUGCCAAGUCUGCCAUGUUUUUGAGUCAUUGGAUAACUAAUGAUAUCUCAACAUAUCAUUCUUUAAUGACGUAUUUAGAAUUUGUAAAAAACGAGCACAUGGAUACAGUAGAAAAGGCAGUUAUUGAUCACAUGACCAUGACAGAUUUAGAAAUAAAGCCACAUAUUUAUGGAAUUUGUAAAUCAGUAAGAACAUUUAUCAGUUACAUCAUUCCCAAUGUAGAGCUCAAUCAAAAUGAGCAUUUCAUACAACUUAUGAGAAAAAUUGGAGGUAUAUGUAAACAUCGAUGUUUAAAUGAAAAAGUGGUAACUGACAUUGAUCAUUAUUUUAGAGGAAAGUCUUUUGAAGAAAAAUUCAGAAUGAUUGCCCACAUAAUGAUUGCUGCUGUGUCAAAAGAUGCGCAAACGUAUUUAUUUGGAGGAAUAAUUUGUAGAAUAUGUGUUGCGGAUGAUGUUUCAUACUUAACAGCUGAGUAUCGGAAACUGAAUUUCAAAUAUAAUAUAACAUGCGCUUAUUUGUCAGGGAUAACUACAACUUCAUGUGCAGUUCAUCUGUUAGCUAAUGCACCACAACUUACUGAUUUAAAUUUAGACGCUUCAUGUGCUAUGAAUGAUUUGAUUAGAGAGUUUUCCAGUAGAGGAGUCAAGUUGGAAUUAGAGAACCUUUCUAUCUGUGAUGGUAAUCUCAGUAACACUGAUGGUUCUUCAUUUGCAUCUUUAUUCAUUACACCUAAACUGAAUAGACUGAACCUGAGCAAUUGCACUUUGUCUGGUGAUAUUAUAAAUGAUAUGAUUAGAGAGUGUUCAAGUAGAGGAGUCAAGUUGAAAUUGAAGACACUUCUUAUCAGUGCUAAUAAUCUUGGUAACAUUGAUGGUUCUUUAUUUGCAUCCUUAUUUAUUACACCUGAACAGGAAAUUCUUGACCUGAGGGAUUGCACUUUGUCUGGUGCUAUUAUAAAUGAUAUGAUUAGAGAGUGUUCAAGUAGAGGAGUCAAGUUGAAAUUAAGGACCCUUGAUAUCAGUAGUAAUAAUCUCAGUAACAUUGAUGGUUCUUCAUUUUCAUCCUUAUUUAUUAUUACACCUCAACUCAAUACGCUUAACCUGAGCAAUUGCACUUUGUCUGGUGAUAUUAUAAAUGAUAUGAUUAGAGAGUGUUCAAGUAGAGGAGUCAAGUUGGAAUUAUGGAAGCUUGAUAUCAGUAAUAAUAAUAAUAAUCUCAGUAACAUUGAUGGUUCUUUAUUUUCAUCCUUAUUCAUUGCACCCACACUGAAUAUCCUUAACCUGAGCAAUUGCACUUUGUCUGGUGAUAUUAUAAAUGAUAUGAUUAGAGAGUGUUCAAGUAGAGGAGUCAAGUUUGAAUUAGGGACCCUUGAUAUCAGUAAUAAUAAUCUCAGUAACAUUGAUGGUUCUUCAUUUGCAUCCUUAUUUAUUAUUACACCUAAACUGUAUAUCCUUAACCUGAGCAAUUGCACUUUGUCUGGUGAUAUUAUAAAUGAUAUGAUUAGAGAGUGUUCAAGUAGAGGAGUCAGGUUGGAAAUAUGGUUGUCCAUUGAUAUCAGUGGUAAUAAUCUCAGUAACAUUGAUGGUUCUUCAUUUGCAUCCUUAUUUAUUACACCUAAACUGAAUGUGCUUAACCUGAGCAAUUGCACUUUGUCUGGUGAUAUUAUAAAUGAUGUGAUUAGAGAGUGUUUAAGUAGAGGAGUCAAGUUGGAAUUAGGGUCCCUUGAUAUCAGUAAUAAUAAUCUCAGUAACAUUGAUGGUUCUUCAUUUGCAUCAUUAUUUAUUAUUACACCUAUACUGAAUAGGCUUUUCCUGUGCAAUUGCACUUUGUCUGGUGAUAUUAUAAAUGAUAUGAUUAGAGAGUGUUCAAGUAGAGGAGUCAAGUUGGUAUUAAAGUACCUUGAUAUCAGUAGUAAUAAUCUCAGUAACUUUGAUGGUUCUUCAUUUGCAUCAUUAUUUAUUAUUACACCUAUACUGAAUAGGCUUUUCCUGUGCAAUUGCACUUUGUCUGGUGAUAUUAUAAAUGAUAUGAUUAGAGAGUGUUCAAGUAGAGGAGUCAAGUUGGACUUAAGUACCCUUGAUAUCAGUAGUAAUAAUCUCAGUAAUAUUGAUGGUUCAUCAUUUUCAUCCUUAUUUAUUAUUACACCUAACCUGAUUGAGCUUAACCUGAGCAAUUGCACUUUGUCUGGUGAUAUUAUAAAUGAUAUGAUUAGAGAGUGUUCUAUGAGAGGAGUCAAGUUGAAAUUAGGGUCCCUUGAUAUCAGUAGUAAUAAUCUCAGUAACUUUGAUGGUUCUUCAUUUGCAUCAUUAUUUAUCAUUACACCUACACUGAAUAUGCUUAACCUGAGCAAUUGCACUUUGUCUGGUGCUAUUAUAAAUGAUAUGAUUAGAGAGUGUUCUAUGAGAGGAGUCAAGUUGAAAUUAGGGUCCCUUGAUAUCAGUAGUAAUAAUCUCAGUAACAUUGAUGGUUCUUCAUUUGCAUCUUAAUUUAUCAUUACACCUACACUGAAUAAGCUUAACCUGAGCAAUUUGCACUUUGUCUGGUGAUAUUAUAAAUGAUAUGAUUAGAGAGUGUUCAAGUAGAGGAGUCAAGUUGGGACGGGAGCCUGAUAUCAGUGGUAAUAAUCUCAGUAACAUUGAUGGUUCUUCAUUUUCAUCUUUAUUUAUUAUUACACCUAAACUGAAUAUACUUAACCUGAGCAAUUGCACUUUGUCUGGUGAUAUUAUAAAUGAUAUGAUUAGAAAGUGUUCUAGGAGAGGUGUCAAGUUGGAAUUAUGGAAGCUUGAUAUUAGUAGUAAUAAUCUUAGUGACAUUUGGUUUUUAUUUAUUUAUGAAUUCGGGCAUGUUCAUACAAAUGAGACAUAACAAUAUAAAUAAGACAGUUAGCCAAGAGAGAAUAAUGGGCUGAAGCCCGACACCAAAGUGAAUUAUCUGUAAACUGGCAAACUGUGGAAAAAACAAUGAAAAACAAGAGGUACGGUACCAAUGAUAGGAGAGUACCAAUAAAUGACAUAAGAAAGUAUAAUACUCCAAGUAUUGAAAUACAUGCCAUCGUGUUGGGAUUCAAUAUUUCAACAUUAAUUAUGUCAUCAUCAGGAAUGAAAGAAUUAUCCAUAGCAAGC